AUGUUUCAACAUGAAAUCAGCGAAGAAGACAUGCUACCUGUCAGUAGGGCAGGGGUUGAUGUGGAAACCGGAGUAGAAAAAGAGGAAGAAGAGGAAAUACAUCUUGUAACAGCAUUAGAAAAACGUCAACAAGGAAUCGAAGAGGGAAAUGGUACAUCAACGGGUGAUGGUGAACCUGCGAUCCCUUGUCCGGACUCUGAUGCCAAUAAAAGACAUCUAUUUCCACCUUCAUGGAAAAUGUCACAUACAUUCCUCAAAUUUUCUACACCAAUACUGGAAUGUGUCGGUUGUUUAUACAACAUGGAUGAAGAUGAUGACAAAUGGUUAAAUGAAUAUAAUUCAAAAUCUGGCAACAAUUUAAAUGAAGAUGAUUUUGAAGAGAUAAUGGAAUUUCUUGAAAAUCAAGCAAAAAACAAACCACAUUUAUUGGCAAAAAGACAACUCCCAUCAUGGGAAGAAUGCCAGUCAUGGCUUCCAGAUAAACUUCUAAUACUAUCAAAUGAUUGUAAGAAUGUAUAUUCAUAUUGGAAGUCUAAGCGAAAUCAACGAUUCCUACGCUACAAGACGGUAGCACCACUAAUGUUUGAGUUAAAGACUGCAGAGACAAAAGAUGAGGAAGAUAACCCAUAUGUUUGUUUCCGACGUCGAGAACUUAAACCAAUUAGGAAGACUCGUCGUACUGAGACACAGUCUUUCGAUAAAUUAAGAAGAAUAAGGCGUGACGUACAUAAUGGUCGAGAAAUAAUAGUCAAAGUAAAAGCUCGUGAAAGAUUCAAGAAACAGAGGAUUGAAUUAAAUCGAAAAAUAUUUAUAAAAGAAUGUGAUAUAAAGGAGAUGCGGAAAGAAUUGGGAAUACAAAACAAUUCUAUUUCGGAUCCACAGCAAAGGAACAAGAACCGAAGAAUAUCAGCCUCAUCUACGGAUACUAUGAGCUCCUUGAGAACAAAACCUGGUAAUAAAUCCACAAAGAAAGACAAAGAAAGUUGCGGAAUUCACUUAGAUGUAACACAUAAUCCAUAUUGUCCCAUGGAGAAACCGCGAGGAGCAACUUUCUACAGGAAAUUUGACGCUGACAAAUUAAUGUUACCUCCAGCAUUUAGAAGUCGUUAUGGUCGUGGAGGUCGUAAACGUCGUACAAUCGAUCGCCUUGAUGUGUUCACAAUUUACCGUAUGAAAAGACCAAAGAACAAUAAAUUUAAAUACGAUUCGGACGAGAUGGAUGAUGUUUACAGCGGUGAUGAUAUGGACUCUGAUGAAAUCGAUGAUAGUUCAAACAUGACUGAAUGUACAAUCAGAUUUCAUUUUUUAAAAGACGAAGAUUUUCAAAAUCUCGGUGCGUUCCGCACUAAAAUUCAAAAGGAUAAACAGAAUUCUCCAAGACAGUGCUCACGUGAUGAUGGUCAAGUCAGUAUUAGUAAUCUGUCAACUCAGAACCACUCACAGAAUAGUGUUCAGGCGAACGUAGACCCUCGAGUUUCUCUUUCAGGUUCACAAUCUAGACCGAAUUCAGAAGUUCGAUCAAAUUCUGAACCGCGAGCCGAAAGCUCAUCUUCAAGAGGAAAUCCUGAUUCACGAAUUACAAUUGAUAUGGAUUCACCACGUCCCAGUAUAUUACCUAGGACUGUUGUGGAUCAGCGAUCAGUCCGACCUAAUUAUGAUCCUAAUCUCACUUCAAGAACAGCCAAUAAUCUACGUACCUACAUUGACCCACGUACUUUCUCCGACCCUAGUUUGAGUCAAAGUUCACAAAUUCCGAUCCGGGACCAACGUGUGAACUCGGCUAUUCCCGUAUCAAUAUCUAAUCGUGAUCAGCAUUCUUCUUCGGAUAUCAAUGUAAGCCGGGAUCAACUUUUAAAUACUGUUUCUCUUACUGGACGCGACCAACGUUUAUCUAUCGAACAGAAUCAAUCUAGCGAUCAACGAUUACUUAACGAAUCACGCCCUAGCAUCGAUACUCGUACCAAUCUAUCUCACAACGGUCACGCAGUGAGGGCAUCGUUAUCGCUGAAUCAUCGAGAUGCAACGCCCUACCGACGUCCAAUUCCACGAAACGUUCGUAUAUCGGAAGAUUCCACAAACGCCAAUGGCGUAUCUGGCCUCGGACUUGUUCAAACGACAAGAAUGACAUCACCUUUACAAGGAGGCGCGACUGGAAUUGUUCCCACCAACGUUCAUAUUAAUGGUCACGGCUCUGUAAUGCAAAUUUCUCAGAUGACACCACAAGUAGCCACAAGACAAUUAUCAGGAAAUACGCAAACUAAUGUUACGUCAGCGAUAAAUAGUGCUGAACUUACUCGGACUUCUUCAAAUCCUGGAAUAAUCAUGAACAAUACUACUCCGGUGCUUACUCGGACGCCAUCAAAUCCUGGAAUGAUGGUGAACAGUGUAACACCAGGUCUUACUAGAACACCUUCAAAUCCAGGAGUUAUAAUGAACGGUACGUCACCCAGACUCACUCGAACUCAUUCAAACUCUGGGAUUAUUAUAAACACUGCAACUCCGGUGAUUGAUCCUAGAAGGCUUCAGCGAACGCCUUCCACACAGGAAGGGAUCAUGAUAAACAUUGCUUCUCCCCUAUCACGAACAUCCUCUAAUUCAGGGAUGAUGAUAAACAAUUCUGUUUCACUAAUAGAUCCAAAUAAAAUCAAUAAUGGUACUACUUUGAUUAAUUCCGGACAUAGGAUAACUAUCACGAACGGUGGACAACCGACUUUUACUAAUGGUAGUCCUGUUGCACCGUCACAGCAAGCAACACACCUUAAUGUACAAUCUACACGUCCCCAUAUGAGCAUAAAUAAUCCUAGAGGACUUUCUAAUGAACAAUUUGUUCACUCAUCUGAUCAAAAUAGCAUACAAAUGCUACAACCGAUGCGACAGUCAAUUGCUGUGCCUCGUGGGACGCUCGUUAGAACUAGUAAUAUAGUAACACCAUCGACAGCUGCUAAUCAAACUUCAAUUCAAACUAUAAUUGUACCUAGCGUCGGUUCGAACGGCCAGCCAAAUUCUUCCUCUCAGCAGAUUCAAAAUAACGGAACAAACAACAUAGUACCAACUAAUGGAUCAUCAAACCUCAGACAGGGUAAUGUACAGGCAAAUAGCAGUACCAAUCUGCUGAGACACGCUAUGCCAAUUGUCGCGAAUGGAUCAGCUCAAAAUUUUGUACAUCAAAGUGCUGUUGUCGGUAACAAUAAUAUGGUACGUGCCGCUGGGUUUCCUUUAGCAAGAUUUGACCGAGAUAGUUUACAAGCCUUUGGAAUUUUAACCGACUCCGUUCACCAGGUUAAUAGUGCAUCAAAUCCAAACAUUAGACAAACUAAUAUGAUGUCACCAAAUGGGCAAAAUGUAAACAGUAUGCGACAAAGCUUUCUUAUGUCUAAUGGUGCAGUUUCUGUGGCUAGCAACAUGGCACAAAUUAACCAACGUCCUGUAGUUCUUUCUAAUGGGGUCUCUGCGGCUUUCGUCGGUAAUAAUGUAAUUUCAGCCAACGGUGUUACAAAUUUAAAUGUCCGUCAAAUGCAGGCGAACGUUCAGUCUAGUAUUAAUCUUCGGCCAAUGACGCAAAAUGGCAUUCGACAAGUCCAUCCAAACGGAGCAUCAAGCCAAGGUUUGCGUCAGAAUAUAGUAGUGCCUACUAAUGGGUUUAUGAAUGCAAGCCCGGUUCAGCUGUCAUCGAAUGUAUCGAUUAGUAAUUUGCGGCAACCUAACAUACCUAGUCAGGCCUCUCCAACUAGAGAUUCAACAAAUGGAAUGUAA